ACACACACACACACACACACACACACACACACACACACACACACACACACACACACAUCCGCGCACACACUCAUGCUCACACGCACACUCUCAGUGGAAGUCAGGGCGCGAGCAUGGCGCAUGGACACACCGCGCCGCGCGCCUUCCUGAAGCGCCGAAUUUAACCGGAUCGACCUGUAGUAUAGCGCAUGUGUGUGUGUGUGUGUGAGUGUGUGAGUGUGUGUGUGUGUGUUCUGUCCCGAUAUGAAGCGGAGCUCAGCGCUCAGAUGGCUGCUUUUCUGGACGUUAUUUUCAGCGGGAUUAUUAAACCGGGAGACACAGAAACACUGCAGCAAGGACGAGACGAGGGAGCUGAACUCGUUCCUGUGGACAGUAAAACGUCCUCCCCCUCAGCCACCCUCCUACCUGUUCGGCACCAUCCAUGUUCCAUACACACGCGUGUGGGACUUUGUGCCCGAGAGCUCGAAGCGAGCCUUUCAGAGGAGCACAAGCGUGUUCUUCGAGCUGGACCUGACCGAUCCAGUCACCGUGUCCAAGUUGGCCAGCUGUCAGCUUUUACCUAACGGCGAGAGUCUGAGGAGUCUGCUGCCCCGGGACAUCUACGUACGGCUGAAGCGCCAUCUGGAUUACGUGAGGCACAUGAUGCCGGCAUGGGUGAGAGCUGAGCAGCGCUUCUAUGCUGACUACCUGUUUAAGGCCAUCGCCGGAGAUUGGGAGCGCAAGCGGCCCGUCUGGGUGAUGCUGAUGGUCAACUCACUGACCGAGUGGGACGUGAGGGGCCGAGGAGCUCCGGUGCUCGAUCUGUUCCUCGCCCGUGAAGCUGAGCGCAUGGGCAAGAAGACUGGAGCUGUGGAGAACGUUGAGGAGCAGUGUCACCCGCUGAAUGGACUCAGCUUCUCCCAGGUUCUGUUUGCUCUGAAUCAGACACUGCGGCAGCAUGAAGGAGUGCGUGAGGGAAUUGUUCAGGGUUCCUUCACUACUGAGGACCUGAUCACACACUACAACUGUGGAGACCUCAGCUCCAUCAUCUUCAACCAUGACACUUCACAGCUGCCUCAUUUCCUGAACAGUUCUCUGUUGGAUCACGAGCGUUCCACAGCGCAGCAGAUCGACAGCUACCUUCGCCAGGAGCUCAUCUACAAGCGAAAUGCUCGAAUGGCGCGCCGCGUCUCCGCCCUCCUUCAGAGAAGCCCUGCCCAGAGCUUCUUCUUCGCCUUUGGCGCAGGUCACUUUCUGGGCAACCAGAGUGUCCUGGACAUCCUGCGGCAGGAGGGUUACGAGGUGGAACACACACCGGCUCAGGAGCUGGCUACAUCGAGCUGGCCAAAGACGGACGAUACCACUGUGACGGAGAGCAGGGAAGAUCCUGCGCCGGCGACCGAGGGGACGUCAGAACCCCCUGAUGUAGAAGAUGAGCCGCCGCACCUGCUAGAGCCAGACAGUCUGAGUCAGCUGGAGGAGUUUGGGAGACACCAGCGCCCCCGGAAGGCCCACAGGCCUCACAGCAGGCAGAGGCUCUUCAGUGACCUGUGGGUGCGAAUCGGAUACAGCACGACGUCACUUCCGAACAGCCAGAAAACUGACGCCCACGUGACGACGAGCACGAGGUCAGUGAUGCUGCAGGAAGAUCAGCAGAGGAAAAGAUCUAGCCUCAGUCACCUACAGGAGACUCCGCCCCCCAGCGCGAAGGGCUUAGCCACGCCCACUCCUGGCUACACGCUGACUUUCUUACUCACGUGUCUUCUCACACCGGUGCUGCUGCGCUUCACGUCUUGACCACAAGAGGGAGCCAAAAAUACAGAACACACAAACACACACACACACACACACACACACUCACAACACAUAAACAACAUUAUAAACAAUGUAGAUUGUCUUUAGCUUAAUAUCAGGUGUAAUAAUAUAUAAGAAAAUGAACACAACCUCAACAGGCCGGACCUAAAGUAAAGCCUUAACUGAUAUGAAGGUCACGUCACGUGUUUGAAAUGACCCGAUUCUCAAAUCGAAAAAAAACAAACAAACACCAGUUUUUACAGAUGACCACAGACCAACCCCGAGUUCACUCGUCUGUUACACUCUUUAUACUUAAGUAUGGUUUAAUUCCCUUUAAUUAAACAGAUCUAAUCGAAGAAACGAUGAAUCGUAGCUAGGAACGCCUCAAAUAAAACAAACCGAGCACCAAGUUUAGCAAAAAGUUUAGUACUGGUAAACUUCUGCUUCAUAAACAAUAUAAAAACGUAAAUUUCCUUUGUAAAACAAAACAACAUGACUAAGAUUAAGUCUAUGAACGACAAAGAAGCACUUUACUCUUCUCACCCCUCAGCAAUUUUAAAACAAAACAUUUCUUAUCCAUUUAUAGAUGUUUAAUGUUUUAAAGCAGCCAGGAAACACAUGUUCUUACUGUGCACUUACGUUAUAGCAGCUACAAUCUCUCUCAAAAUAAAUACAACAAAAAUGCGACUUGUCCUGUGGAAUAUAAACCCUUAAACUGUAAACUCCUCUUUGCUGAAGAUGUCAAUAAACACUACAGCUUUACGUCUGACUCUUACAGAGCACUGACACUGGAGACUCAUUCCAUAAUCGUGUUCACAGAGAAAACUUCACCUCAUCAAAAAUCCAUAAUUACACACCGGUUGCUAUAGAAACAAUGCGGUAUUAGACCCAGUGCAUUAAUAUAAACCAGCUGAGCAGCUGUAGAGCAGAUGUAGAAAACCUUCUGACCAAUCAGAAUCCAGGAUUUAACAGCACCAUGGUAGGAUUAAGUUACUAAAUUCUGUAAUAUAGAUUAAUACAUUUUUAAGGAUCUUAAAUUCACCAUCAGCUCCAAGGGAAUAAUAAUAAUAAUAAUAAUAAU